UUCCACGUAUUUAUUGUAUGUCUUAUAAAAGCGGUCGGUUCACUGACCAAGGAUAAUGGGCCGAGAAAAUUGUCAACACUGAUUUCUGUCAGAACUGUAACUCGUAAAAUGAGGUCAAAUGCACUGUAUCAGACGAACUCCUGUGAGAACCACCGGAUAUAGGCACCAUUAUUCAAUUAUGGCUAUUUUAAUGUAAACUGUCAUCAGAUGUGCUUACUAUUUACCCCGUGCUUAUAAAUUCAAGCAAAGAAUCGAGACUGAAAUCUGUGCAGUUAUAACCAUGGAGAGAUUGCACCUGACCUUCAGGACGCUUUUACUGUUGUGUGUGGUAUACAAUGUAUAUACAUACAAUAUUACCGACGAGGACCAGCUCCACAAAGAUCUGUUCACUAACUACAACAACGAACUCCGUGCUGGAAAUGACCGGGACUUUCCACUCAACGUAUCCAUGACAUUCUAUUUGAUGGCCAUCAAAGAAUUCGUGGAGGCCACGAGUAAAUUCUCGGUGAAUAGUGUGUUUAUAAUAACGUGGCGAGACGAACGAUUAUCAUGGAACCCAGCGAUGUACCAAAAUAUUCAGAAGACAAUGGUUUCUCAAAAUAAGAUCUGGUUGCCAACCAUGGUUACCUCAAACCCUUUUGAGGAAGCCCAGGGACUUGGAAGUGAUUUGGUAAAAGUUUUUCUGUACAGUGAUGGUUCGUGUGUUUGGGUCAUCAUGCAGUCUUUCGAAGUUAUAUGUGACGCCAAUGUGAAAUACUAUCCAUUCGAUAAGCAGUUUUGUUCGAUCAGAUUUGGUACAUACUCUUUUGACUCGAAUUGGCUUAAUAUAACGUUUCCAAAUUCAGACAUCAAUUUGAUUUACUAUGAGGAAAAUGGCUUAUGGGAGAUCGAGGACACCUUGGCAUUUAGUACUGUCGAUCGCGGCGCCGCGGAAAUCAUAUUUGGAAUAUACUUGAAACGUCGAUCUACUUAUUACAUAGCCAGUCUGUUAGUCCCUAUGACGUUUGUAGCUGUUUUACAGUCAUUCGUUUUCCUACUUCCGAACGAGUCGGGAGAGAGGAUAGGAUUUUCCGUGACAAUGUUACUGGCGAGCGUCGUGUUUCUGACUCUUAUUCAGGAGAAACUUCCGGAAUCAUCCGAGCCCAGCGUCUCCAUACUGGGUUACCUGUUGCUAGGAUACAUUUCCCUUGGAGGUGUAGUUACUCUCGUAGUCAUUAUUAGUUCUAAUCUGUAUAUUGAAACCAAACCUGUCCCAAAAUGGCUGCAGCAUCUCUGUUGUGAAAGACAAACUGACUCGGAUGGUUCUGAAUUAUACAGUAUUAAAGAUGUCCCCCCUGCGCAACGGGAGGAUGGUUUUAAAGAACAAUGCGAGUUGUGUUGGAAGAAAAUUGGCAUGAAGUUUGACCGAUUCUGUUUUGUAAUGUCUAUAAUUUUGUAUGUUGUACAAGUUAUCAUUUUCAUUGCUAUCGUACGUGAUUGACAAGGCUUUGGAGAUGUCGCCAAAGUCAAAUGAGUUUAUACAGCAUCAGAGCCUUUAUUCAUAUAUGUACAUUGUAUACGUUUUUUGAGUUUUAAGUUAAAUUUAGAUAUCUUUUUGUCUUGAUUGUUAUCAAAAUAAAGUUUCAUUGCAAGUCAAAUUUUGGAUCAUGAUAACUUUAAACAGGUCAGAACCAAUCUACGAAAUGGGAUAUAAUGCCCUAAAUGGGAUAAAAAUUUGAAGAGCAAAUUUUAAAUGUCUGAUUUAGAAAUUUAUAAAUUAAUCCGCAUAAAUUCAUAACCAAUGCAACAACUUUUGGUUAGCAACUUUUGUUUGUAAGAUUGACACCCAAGAAGUUAUGGAUAUACUGAGGGAUCAGUAUCUGAAACAGUGGGGUUACAAAAUAAAAUUGACCAAUGGUUGUUACAUAUCAUUCAGUCUACUGCGGAUUUGACUCAUAUUUUGCAAAAUAAAAAAUUUGUCUUUUUUUGCACUUCAAAUUUAUAUCCCAUUUGGGAUAUUAUAUCUAAUACAGACUAUUUUAUUCCAUUUGGGAGAUUGGUCCCAACCUUCAUGUAUUAAUUAAAGGAAUUAACAAGAUUCAAAUAACCUGAGUAUGUUAGCUUGAUCAAAUGUUAAUCGGAUUUAAAUACGAAUAAAAGUGAGCCUUAUUUUGACAA